CAGAAAAUGUUCGAUUUAUUAAAAGGACGUGGCUACCGAGAAUUAAACUCACGCGAUGCACUGAUUUACUUAUUUAAUAUGCUCAGUUUUGUGGGCUUAAAUCCAACAGCACAUUGCCGGUUGCUGUAUUAUUUUUACGGAAGCAUUAUAACGUUGUUUGUUGUUGUGCUAUCACCGUUGAUAUUUAAUAUUGGUUGGAUACGUGACAGAAAUGUACUUUCCAUUAUGGAGAUAUUAAAUUGCGUACAAGCGGCUUUGAAUGUCAUCGGUGUACCCAUUAAGAGUAUAGCAUUAAUGUUGUGCUUAGAUCGUAUACAUAGCGUAGAGCCGUUAUUGUUGAAAUUGGAUGCGCAUUACUCCAAAUGGGAUGAUAUGCUUCGAAUCAGGCAAUGUGCGAUAAUGGGUAAUCGUUUGGUAUUCAGUUACAUCGUUCCUUAUAUGAUGUAUGAAACAUUAACUGUUGUAUCGGCAGUCUUAGGUGGCCAUGCGCCACUUACACUCUGGUUGCCUUAUGUGGAUUGGCAUAGAUCGAGUAGGGAGUAUUGGCUACAAGUCUGUUUUGAUGCUAUUACACUUUUCUACUUGCUAUGCCAUCAAAUAAUUAAUGACUCCUACCCAGCUGUGUACAUUUAUAUCGUACGUACGCAUGUGCAGUUACUUGAGCGCCGUGUAAGUCGUUUAGGCUAUGUGCCACAAAAGAGUGAACAUGAAAAUUGUCAGGAGCUACAGGAAUGCAUUGUCACUCAUCAGGAAAUACUAAGAUUGGUGCAUACUAUACAACCUAUAAUAUCUAUCACGAUGUUUGUUCAAUUUAUUAUUGCCGCAGCUAUUAUGAGUAUAACUAUGAUAAACAUAUUUAUUUUUGCUGAUCUCGCUACACGCUUAGCUUCAUUCGUUUAUUUAAUAUGUGUGGUAUUGCAAACUGCUCCCUCGUGCCACCAAGCAUCCUACUUGCAGGGGGAUUGUGAAAAACUUUCAAGUUCUAUAUUUCAUUGCAACUGGAUAGCGCAGGACAAACAAUUCAAAAAACUAUUAAUUUAUUUUUUGCAACGUUCACAGGCGGAUAUGCCACUAAUUGCCUUAAAAAUGUUGCCAAUAAAUUUAGCAACAAAUGUGUCGAUCGCUAAGUUUUCGUUUAGUCUUUAUACGUUUAUUCAAAAGAUGGGGCUUGGCGCACAUUUGAAUGAUUAAAGAUCAAUACGUACUGUAAGAAAUUGGAGUACAUUGAAUAUUGAGCAUAUUAUAUUAUAAACAAACAAAAAUGUAGGUAAUUGCACUAAUGUACACAAAUACGUAUGCCAUAAGAUUUUAUUUUAAUUUUUGGUUUAAUGAUUGUAUAACAAUAAAGUUGUUUAAUGAAAUUAUUGCGCAUGUAAAUCUCACACGAGCCUUAUAUUUUACCCGAAACAAAAUUAUGCGAUAUUUGUAGAUUAAAUAUUUUGAGAAAGGUUUACAAAAAAUAAAGAAAAUACGUAUACAUUUCAAAAAUUGGGCUCCUUUCAGUUUCAUUGCGAUUGUGCUAUUAAUUUUAUAGCUGAGCCGCAUUUCCUAUUCUUAAGGCAAAGCUGUUGUGCAUUUACAUGUACAUAUGUAUAUGACAAAUUUCACUUAAUUUUCAUUUUUACCCAAAAAUAUGAUAACAUUUUCGUCGAACUGUCGACAAUUAUUAUUGUUAU